AUGACGUUCAAAAAUCACAGCCGCCAAUACGACCUCGUCGUCUUUGGAGCCACAGGCUACACCGGCAAACUCACCGCAAAGUACAUCACCACUCACCUCCCCAGCACCCUUAAAUGGGCCAUCGCCGGCCGCUCCCAAGCCAAACUUGAGCUCCUCACCGAAGAGCUCAAAAAGCUCAACCCAGACCGCGCACCCCCCUCCAUAGAAACCUGUUCCCUCAACGACACCGACCUCUCCUCCCUCGCCAAGAAGACCUUCAUUCUCAUCACCACCGUCGGUCCCUACUCCGCCCACGGCGAGCACGCCUUCAAAGCCUGCGCCCAAAAUGGCACCCACUACCUCGACGUCACCGGCGAAGUCCCCUACGUCGCCGCCAUGAUCAAGAAAUACGAAGACACGGCCAAAUCCACCGGGGCCAUCAUGAUCCCUCAAAUCGGCAUCGAGUCCGCCCCUCCUGAUCUCCUCACGUUCGCCCUGGCAAACACCCUGAAAGAGGAGCUCAACGCCAAAACCGCCGAUGUGACUGUGUCCAUCCACAACCUCAAAUCUGCCCCUUCAGGCGGGACUUUAGCCACGGCUCUCACAAUCUCAGAUCACUUUCCCCUCCCUACGUUAAUAGCUUCUUACAAACCAUACGCCCUGUCUCCAGUCCCCAACCCAACCCGCGCCCCUCAACCAGGCCUCCUGACCCGCGUCACCGGCCUCAUCACCAUUCCCCAUUUAGGCCUCCUCACCUCCAGCAUAGCCAACGGAACCGACACCGCCCUUAUCCACCGCACCUGGGGCCUGCUGUCCACCCUCCCCUCUCGCCAAUCUCAAUCAUACGGCCCUAAGUUCAGCUUCCGCGAAUAUAUGAAACCACGGAAUUGGCUCACCGGCAUAGCUAUCCACUUUGGCCUCAUGCUCUUUGGUCUUAUCAUUGUCACCGGACCCCUGAGGAGGUUCCUUGCGGGUAGGGUGACCCAGCCAGGGGAGGGUCCGGAAGAGGAUGUGGCGAGCAAGGACGAGAUUGAGUAUAGGGGUGUUGCCACGCCGGAUGGGGAUUUCGGGAAGAAGAAGGCGGUGGGGAAGGCGUGGUUUAGGGGGAGUACGUAUUAUUUGACGGGGAUGUUCCUGGCGGAGGCGGCGAGGACGAUUUUGGAGGAGGGAGGGGAGGGGUUGGGGUUGGAGGGCGGGGUUUACACGCCUGCGUUGUUGGGGGGGGGGUUUGUCGAGAAUUUGCAGAAGGAAGGGUUUAGAGUUGAGACAAGGGUUUUGGAGGAUUAA